AUGUGUAUUCAUAUCGCAACUAAUAAGGAAGUGAAGAUCAUUAAAAUCAUCACCACCGGCGGCGGCGGAGGCGGCAGUGGUUGGCCCAGCGGCGGCGGCGGCGGCUGGAAGAGCGGAGGCGGCGGUGGCGGUUUCUCCGGUUGGCCCAGCGGUGGUUCAUCCGGUUGGUCAAGCGGUGGAUCCUCCGGUUGGCCCAGCAGCGGCUCCUCCGGCUGGUCGAGUGGUGGCGGCAACGGUGGAGGAUGGAAGUCUGGUGGCGGCGGCGGCGGCGGCUACGGCGGCGGCAGCAGCGGCUGGUCGCUCGGCGGUAGCAGCGGCGGAUGGAAAUCUGGCGGCGGCGGCGGUACAACCAUGAUUCUUCAUAGCUAUUUCCUCUUCGCUGUAAAGAGCUAA